ACUAUUGGGAGCUAUAAGGCUCGUGGAUGACCCCACGUGAGGGUCUGAGUGACCGUGACACCGGCCUCUGACACUAUAAAGAUGGACUCAGGAAUAACGGAGCGGAUUUAUGAAUGAAACCUCGGAGCGGAAACAUCAGGAAAAGACUCUUCACUCACAGAAAAGAGAAAACCCUCAGAUUUACCGAUUUAUUUUUCUAAUUUGAAUGACAAUCGAAUGGUUUGGACACCGUUUGCCAUUUUCCCCUCAAUUUGGAAGAUGUUUUAUUUCGUUUUCUUUCCCUGAAUGUCCACUGAGGACUAUUUGACAGCAGAUGAAUCAGCUGUCUGUUUCCCGUUUACUUCGGUGAACACACACGCAGACAGGCGGAUGUAAAAACGGCUGUAGCUGCACCGAAAUGUCCUACGAUGCUCUCUUGGAGACUUAAGGGACGCGUGGUUUCGGUGCCAUUACGCACAGCGAAGCGCAAAGUUCUCCGGUGAUUCUGGUCUUCAUGGACCCCGGAACUUUAGAUACAUGCAGUCCAUAUGUGUGGUGGAAAAGAGGAUUAUUCUUCGCUGUUGUCAGUUCUCUGUUGGACUAUUUGUGGUGAGGACUUGCAGCAAGUCGGGGAUUUCUUUCCGGGAACACAUCGAGGUGUUUCAGAGAAGCUUUCCCACUGAAUAAAAAAGAAGAAGAAGCACCGAGAGAAAAAGCCAGUGAUGCUCCAUGGACCGAUUUUCCGCUUCGACGACCCAAUUCGACUCCUCGAUCCGUGGCUUUUUCCUCCACUGAUGUCCCUGGAGGUCCGUGAGCCCGCUCUGGAGGGGGGGACGCUGGGUAACUCCACUGUGCCCGGGGAGGAGGGGGCUCCCCAGCAGCCUUCCCUCCCCUGGGUGCCCCCCCUGCUGGCCGGAGUGCUCAUUACAACCAUCGUGGUGGACGUGAUCGGGAACCUGCUGGUCAUCGUGUCCGUGUUCAGGAACAAGAAGCUCCGGAAAGCAGGAAACGCCUUCGUGGUGAGUCUAGCUUUCGCUGACCUGGUCGUCGCCAUCUACCCGUACCCGCUCGUCCUCUUUGCCAUAUUUAACGACGGCUGGAUCGCGGGAAACAUCCACUGUCAGAUCAGCGGCUUCCUGAUGGGCCUCAGCGUCAUCGGAUCUAUCUUCAACAUCACGGGAAUCGCCAUCAACCGCUACUGCUACAUCUGCCACAGCCUCAAGUACGACAGGAUCUUCUCCAACAGGACCACCAUGUGCUACGUGGUGCUAGUUUGGGCGCUCACCAUUAUCGCCAUCGCGCCCAACUGGUUUGUGGAAUCGCUGAAAUACGACCCACGCGUUUACUCCUGUACUUUCGCCCAAUCCGUAAGCUCUUUUUACACCAUUACGGUUGUGGUGGUGCACUUCAUUCUGCCCAUUAGCAUCGUGAGCUACUGCUACCUGCGCAUCUGGAUCCUUGUCAUCCAGGUGAGGCGGAGGGUGAAGCCGGACACGCGACCGAAGAUCAAACCGCACGACUUACGUAACUUCCUCACGAUGUUCGUAGUGUUCGUGCUCUUCGCCGUUUGCUGGGCGCCGCUCAAUUUCAUCGGAUUAGCGGUGGCGUUGGACUCCCGUUUGGGCGAAGCGAUACCGGAGUGGCUGUUCACGGCGAGCUACUUCAUGGCGUACUUUAACAGCUGCUUAAACGCUGUCGUCUACGGAGCCCUGAACCAUAACUUCAGGAAGGAGUACAAGAGGAUCGUCAUGAUCGUCUUCAAGUUUCACUGCUGAGACGAAACGCAGAGGGGAAAGUUAAGGUGGCUGACAGGUGCUUACACGCUACAACGACCCAGAACACACUGCAGCUUCAAAAACGAUGCAAAUAUGAAAAUACAAAUGUUGCAACACACAUGAAGACACAUCUUCAGCAACUUGACAACCCAUGCAGCAUUUUAGAAAACAUUCAGCAACAAACUCAGUUGGAUAUUUUACAGACUUGAAAUGUUGAUGUUGGAUUAUUCAUUGUGAUCAUCUUCUCCCCGAUGCAUAACAGUUUUCUACUGAGUUGUUUUAUGACCUAAACAAUUACGUCAGCGCUGUUUCUAUUUACGCAGAAGGACAGAAAAUGCUGCGAAUGAAUAAUAAUGACUAUUAUUUUAAAAAGAAAAAGAAAUAUUAAAUAGAAUAUUGGUGCUUUUUGAAUAUUUAUUUAUGUAUUUAUUUAAGCAAGGAUCUCAUUCAGACGAUUUAUGCCAGAUUUCAGCUAAUAGCUAAUUUCCAUCUGCAGUCCUGAGGUACAAUCAACAAACACUAAACACAUUGCAUAAUCUCUAUCACACUAACAAUUAUAAAACAAGAUUAAAAUACAGGUCAAUUUUAAUGACUGAUUGAACCACAGCAAUAUUGUUUUAGAGUUUUUAUAUGUUUAACUGCUAUGCCUGUCAUCUUUGCUCUAUGUGUUUGUGUUGUCUCCUGGGUUCUGUAGAGCCCGGAGUCUGUCUUUUUUUCUUCCUCCCACACCCCAUCCCCUCAGGAAGCCUUUGCCUCCUGUCAGGUCAUCAUUGUAAAUAAGAAUUUGUUCUUAAUUGAUUUUCCUGGAUAAAUAAAGCUUCUACUACUACUACUACAAUAAAAUAGUACAUAGUACAGUUAAAAUAUAAUAUUACAAUUAGGGCUGUCAGUCGAUUAAAAUAUUUAAUCGCGAUUAAUCGCAAAUUAAUCGCACAUUUUUUAUCUGUUCUAAAUGUUUC